CGCAUUCCACCGAACUGCGUUUCGGCCGGUUGUCGACAUCAUACCAGUGACAACGAUGGUUUUCUAGUAUAAGAAGGUAAGUCAUGCUCGUCAAAUCAGGCUGUCUCUAUCUCUUGCAUCCCAAUCACAGUCACAAUCACCAAAACACCUACAUUAAGACGCUUUGAAACACAUCACUAGCUAUCCAUACCAGUUCACAGCCACAAGAUCUCCACGAAACCAACAAACAUGGCUCCGAAAAUGCACUUCAAUCCAUCUACAGAGAUCCCCAGCCUUGAGGGUAAGGUCAUCCUGGUAACGGGCGGCACAGCUGGCCUCGGAAGGGAGACAAUCCUCUCUUUCGCUGCGCAUCAGCCAGCGCACAUCUUCUUCACAGGGCGUUCGCAAUCUUCCGCAAAUUCCCUCAUAGAAGCAGUCAGGACGACGCAGCCGCGAACCCCAGUUACCUUCAUACCAUGCGAUCUCGCCUCCCUUGCCGCGGUGCAGAAGGCGGCCAAGGAUGUACUCUCCCAGACUGACCGGCUCGACAUUGUUAUGCUCAACGCUGGAGUCAUGGCAUUACCUCCCGGUCAGACCAAGGACGGCUACGAGAUUCAAUUCGGCACCAAUCACGUCGGCCACGCUCUGCUCGCGAAGCUUCUCACCCCGACAAUGGAGGCAACCGCAAAGCGUACUGGUGACGUCAGACUCAUCUGGAAUACCUCGACGGCUUACAACAUGCACUUCGGAGAGGGAAUUCAUUUCGACAAGCUCAAGACGGACGGGCGUGCAAUCUCACCCGUCGGCCUGGGAUGGGUGCUUUAUGGACAGUCCAAGCUCGCGAAUCUCGUCUACGCGCGUGCCUACGCCAAGCAUCAUCCCUCGAUCACGUCGGUUGCGAUUCACCCGGGAGUCUCGCCUACCGGCCUUGUGACAUCGUUGAGCUUCGCCCAACGCAUGUUCAUCUACGUUGUCAAUUUUGGAUUGAUCAUUACGCCGGAACAGUGCGCUUGGAAUCAGCAGUGGGCUGCUACGGCUCCCAAGGGGACUGGCGAGCGUCAGGUGGAGUCUGGACGGUACUAUGAGCCACUUGGUGUCAAGAUGACUCCAAGGUUCAAGGCUUCGAACGAUGCCCUUGCGGAGAAGCUUUGGGACUGGACGCAGACAGAACUGGAGGGCUAUACCGUCUAGCAACGUCGAGGAGUUGAGGUAGCAGGCGAUAGAAAUGAUGCAUUCUUGUGUACGAUAUCAUGUUGGUAAUACCUACUGUAAUGUCUGCGAUGGCAACGAGCACAAGAGCACGUCCAC